AUGAAAGCCCUCAUCCCCAUAGCCUCCGCCAUCCUCGGCACCACCGCCGUGGGAGUCUACCUCUUCCGCCAGAACCUCAAGUCCCGAAUCACAACGAACGCGCAACACGGGCAUCUUCCGCGCUCAGUAUCCACCAACAUCACCACAGCCCCCGAGGAAGUCUUCACGGAGCAGACGGUGGCGGUCUACGACUCGGCUUCGAUAUCUGUGCCACGCCGACAACUCCCCGCUCUGCCGAUGGAGGAACUGCUCACCCGCUUCCUGCGGCGGAAUAUGAGCCGCUUUGCCAGUCUCCCGCAAGCAUAUAUCCUCCGAACGAUGAGCACCGCGUCCGAGAAGCCCAGUUUCGUCCCUGCGAAUAUCCAGCGCCUGGAUUUCAAGGAGGGGGAUGUUGUCUGCGGCGCCUACCGGGUCCUUCUGCGGGCACCGGGGAAGGUAGAGUUUGAGAUUAAGGCGAUGGGGGCUGUGCAGGCUCGCUUGGCGAUUACGCUUGCGGAGAAAGACGAUCAGAUGGUCUUUAUGAACGAGACGUUGAUGUGGAAGCCGAAGGGGGAAAAGGUGGUGAUGCCGUUGGAGACUGGGGUGGGCAAGUGGUUGCAUGAGGUGACGGCCUGGUGGAUGGUCGAUUCGGGGGUCAAGUAUCUGAUGGAUUUGAAGAAUUGA